AUGGCGACAACGACGCCGUACGUGAGCCUCGAGCAGACCCGGCAUCCCGUCGAAACGGCCGGGGUGGCUUCCAUGGCUACAAUGGCCUGGCUCGACCCGCUCAUCCGCCGAGGCGCGCGGACGCCGCUCAACGAGGCCGACGUCUGGCCGCUCUGCCAACGAGACACGGCCGCCGCUGUCCAUGACCGCUUCCAACGGUACUGGCAGCAGGAGCGCCAAGCGACCGCGCCUGCUUUGCACAAGGCUAUUUGGCGAACGUUUCGGUGCGAGAUCCUUGCAACAAUUGGCUUGUAUCUUGUCUCGGCCGGCCUCACGUUGCUCCAGCCGUGGGUCAUCAAGGCGAUCCUCGAGUACCUUCAGGCGCCAUCCGGCCACGUAAGCACAAGCUUGGGCAUCUCGUCGGGCUACGGCCUCGCCGGUCUUCUCGCGGGCUCAUCGAUCGUGUCGAUUGCGUGCGCGGACUAUGCGCAGUACGUUGCGGCACACAUUGGCUGCAACGUCAAGACGAUCUUUGUGGACAGCGUCUAUCUCCAAACGCUCGCGCUCUCGAGCAUCUCCAAGCAGCACGUCUCGUCCGGCGACGUGGUCGCCAUGGCCACGAUUGACGCAGAGAAGAUGCUCCAGGGCUUCUGGCUCGGCAUUUGGUCGCUCGUCGCACCCGCGAUGCUGCUUGUCAUUAUGAUCCUCAUCGGCGUCGAGCUCGGGAUGGUGACGGGUCUCAUUGGUGGCGCGUUCAUGCUGCUCUUCAUGGUUGCUGGAUACGUCUCGGGCACGCGCGUUGGCGCUGUGAAGCGACGCCUUCUUGCCGUCCAAGCGGAGCGCGUCAAGCUCAUGAACGAAGUGCUCCAAGGUAUCCGCGUCGUCAAGCUCUACGCGUGGGAGAAGGACAUGGAAGCGCACAUUUCGGCGGUCCGCGCCCGCGAGUUCGAACUCAUCAAGACCUUCCAAGCACUCCGGGUACUCAACACCGUGACGCUCUUUGCCGCGCCCUUGGUGACGAUGGCGGUCGUCUGGGUCUGCUACAUCGGUCUCGGCCACGACAUGGACGCUACCAAAGCGUUUACAGUCAUGGCGCUCCUCAACGCCGCGCUGCUUCCGUGCACCAUCUUUUCCAACGCCGUCAUGUACGCCUCGGAAGCCUACGCGUCCUCGCAGCGCGUCAACAAGUUCUUGCUGCUCGAGACGAUGCCGCCGGCGCCGCCAACUCCGGCGCCACGCGCUGCGUGCGUCUCGCUGCGUGACGCGGCCUUUGCGUGGGAAGACACGUCGCUAGUGCUCCAUGAUCUGCAGCUCGAGCUGCGUGGACCGUCUCUGACGGUGCUCGUCGGGCCCGUUGGCAGCGGCAAGUCGAGCCUCGUGCAGGCCAUCUUGGGCGAGAUGCACCAGCUCCUCGGCGUCCGCGACAUUGCCGGCAGCGUCGCGUACGCCAGCCAAGAGCCCUGGAUCCAGCACGACACGCUGCGCAACAACAUCCUCUUUGCCGACGCCUUUGACGACGCCAAGUACAAUGCGGUUCUCGACGCGUGUCAGCUCCGCGCCGACCUUGCGAUGCUGCCGGAUGGCGACGCGACCGAGAUUGGCGAGCGCGGCAUCAACUUGAGCGGCGGCCAAAAGGCGCGCGUCGCACUGGCGCGGGCCUUGUACAAGACGGACGCCGACCUCGUGCUGCUCGAUGAUCCGCUGAGCGCCCUCGACGUCCACGUCGCCAGCGCGGUCUUUACCGACGGUCUUCAGCGCCUCCUUCAACACAAGACGACGCUCCUCGUGCUCAACAGCCACUACCAUCUCCUCGCCCACGCUGACCGCGUCCUUGUGCUGGACCACGGACGCAUCGUCGCCGACGGCGCAUACACUGACGUCAUGACGGCGUGCCCGCACUUGGUGACCAGUGCCAGGGCGAUGACGACGUCCUCCCCCGAGGCAACAACGAGCGAGGCGCCAGACGUCGCGAAGAAACAGAAGACGCCAUGUGGUCUCGUGGCCCAAGAGGAGCGUGCGGUCGGCGCCGUCUCCGUCACCACAUACGUCAAGUACUUUGGCGCGAGCGGCUGGAACGGACGCUAUGUCGGUGCGUCCGUGCUACUGAGCUACCUCGUGUGCCAAGGCGUCGUCGUCAGUGGGGAUUUGUACCUCUCGCAUUGGUCCAACGCGUCCGUAUUGCGGGCGUCGAGCGUCGCGUCCAGCUGGUCCUACGCUAGCAUCAUCGUCGCGGCCGUCCUGCUCGUGUGGGGUCGCAGCAUGUUCGCUCUCUUCGUCGCCCAGCGCUGCUCGCAGUCGCUGCACACGCAUCUCCUUCGAAAGGUGCUCUCGCUCGCGGUGCCGACGUUCUUUGAUGUGACGCCGAUCGGCCGGAUUCUGAACCGGUUCUCGACAGACCUCGACCUCCUCGACGCGCAAGUCCCGUUCUACGGCUUCAUGCUGCUCCAGUUUCUCUUCCAGAUCCUCGCCGUGCUUCUCGUCUGCGGCGCGUCGACGCCAUACGUCAUCCUCGUGUACCCGUGCAUGCUCUUUUCGUUCUACGAGGUCCAGCAAUGCUUCAACCCCACCGCGAGUGCGCUCAAGCGACUCGAGAGCGUCACGCGGUCACCGCUCAUCACGAGCGUCUCGGAGACGCUGCACGGUCUCUCGACGAUCCGCGCGUUUGGCAUGGCGCCGGCGUUUCUCCAGAAGCACCGGCGCCAGCUCGACCACCACAUGCAGUUCUUCUCGACCUUUUACAUGGCCCGUGCGUGGUUCCAAAUGCGCCUCGAUUGGCUCUCGGCGGCCAUCGUCGUCGUCGUCGCAUUCCUCGUCAUUGGUCUUCGGACGUCGCUGGGCGUUGUCGCCGCCGGCCUCUCGCUCACGUACGCCGCGCAGCUCUCGGCGUUCCUCUCCAAAUGCGCCAUGUUUUACAACACCGUCGACACGAUGAUGACGUCGGUCGAGCGGCUCGCGCACUACGAGAGCCUCGAGAGCGAAGACGACGCUGCGACGAUGGGGCCAGCGCCGGACGCGUGGCCUAAGCACCCGACGAUUGCCUUUGAGCACGUCGCGAUGCGGUACCGGUCGCACCUUCCGCGUGUGCUGCAGGAUGUGCAUGUGCACGUGGCUGCGAAGGACAAGAUCGGGAUCUGCGGUCGGACCGGGUCGGGCAAAAGCUCGCUCAUCAGCGCGCUCUUCCGCAUCGUGCCGAUUGACGCGGGCGCCAUUCGCAUCGACGGCGUUAAUAUCGCGAAUCUGCCCGUCCAGCAACUGCGGUCCACGCUCACGAUCAUCCCGCAGGACCCGGUGCUCUUCUCGGGCUCGCUGCGCUUCAACUUGGAUCCGUCGGGUCUGGCGUCCGAUGCCGAUCUCUACAGCGCGCUCACGCGCGUGCACUUGGCCUCGUACGUGGCAACCCGGGGCGGCUUGGAGCUGCAAGUGAAGGAGAAAGGUGGCAAUCUCUCGGUGGGCCAGCGCCAGCUGCUCUGCAUUGCGCGCGCCCUCUUGCGCGACACGAAGAUCGUCGUGCUGGACGAAGCGACAGCCAACGUCGACGCCGCGUCGGACCGCCGCAUCCAAGACGCGGUGCGGUCGUGCUUUGCUGACGUGACGCUGCUUGUGAUCGCGCAUCGCCUCGAGACCAUCUUGCACUGCGACAAGAUCCUUGUGCUUCACCAAGGCCGCGUGGUAGAGUACGACACGCCGACCACCCUUCUCGCAAAAGACGGCGGCGCCUUCCAAGGCCUCAUGCAGCAAGCCGGCCUAGACUAGCACUU